CCUGCUGCUAUUCAGAUGAAGCCCCGUUGGCUCAUUGUUAUUCUGCCCGAGUGAGACAGGGAGACCCAGAGAAUGGGAGGUUGACUGGGGCAUCCAACUGCUGGGUUUCUAGUUCUACUGGUUCAGGCUUUGGUUGCUGCUCUCUGGUCAUUUUUUUUUCCCUUGGCAUUUGUGAAGGCAUGUUGGUAAUCGGCUCAGUAAUGAGCAAAAGGUACUGAAUGGCACUAAUAUCUGAACCCAAUUCCUGGGAGUAAAAAGAGGCAGAAAGAGGGGGGGAAAGGAAGGGAGAAGUCCAUGUGAAAAAGGGAGGUGGAGGGGAGGUGAGAUUUAGUGCUACGUUGGAUGAAACAACCCCCCACUAACUGACCGAGAGAGAAAGUAGUCUAAUAGAAAGAAAAGAAGGGGAGUUAUAGUUCAUUAAACCCUUAAAAGACAUGCUGCAAGCUUUUAUCAUUUCAUACAAAGAGCCCAGAAAAGAGGAUUGGGGAGUUCUGUAAAAAGCUUAAGCAGCCAAACAACCGAGGAAAAGGAGGAAAAAAAGUCCUUAACAGCAGCUGCAGGUGUGUGAAAGAAGCAAACAUGUCCCGAACCGAAGAGAUCAACAAGAUGACAGAAAAUGUCUACAAGGGCAUUCUGGACCAGUUCAACCCCAGUCUGAAGAACUUUGUCACCAUGGGAAAACACUAUGAGAAAGCUCUGACAGGAGUGACGGUGGCUGCUAAGGGCUACUUUGAUGCACUAGUGAAACUUGGAGAGUUAGCUAGUGAUAGCCAGGGCUCCAAAGAGUUGGGGGACACGCUGUUCCAGAUGGCUGAGGUGCACAGGCAGAUACAGGUGCAGCUGGAAGACGUGUUAAAGCUGUUUCACUCUGAGAUGCUAGCCCAGUUGGAGCAGAAGCUGGAGUUGGACAUUAAAUACCUCACUGCCACUCUGAAGAAGUAUCAGAGUGAGCGAAGGUCUCGGUCCGAGUCGAUUGAGCGUUGUCAGUCCCAGCUGAAGAAACUCCGCAGAAAGAGCCAGGGCAGCCGUCACCCAAACAAAUAUGGAGACAGAGAGAUGCAGUUUGUGGAGCUGAUGAGUCGCAGACAAGGUGAGCUGGAUGUGCUGGUGGCUACAGGCUACAAGUCUGCACUCACAGAGGAGAGGAGGAGAUACUGCUUCCUGGUGGACAGACAGUGCUGUGUCACCAAGCUGCUCAUCAACUACCACUCCAAGGUGAGGGAGCUUCUGUCACAGAAACUAUCAACCUGGCAGCAGUCUUGUUCUCAGCCUACGAAGCUCCCAGAGCGUGCCCUCAAUCUGCUGCGUCAUACCACGCCACAAAGCCCAGGGGCUGCUGGGAUAGCAGAGGUCCUCCGUCACACCAAGCUGGGCACUGCCCAGCCGGAACAGAGGCUUUCCAUCCAAGAGGUCCCUCCUCUGCUGAACGGAGACUCAAGCCGCUCCCAGCAGCAACAGCGGUCGCUCCCCUCCUCUUCCUCCUCCCACAGUGACACUGGUCCUCCUCAGGGCUCUCCUCAGACUUUUCUCUCUUCCUGCUCCAGUGGUGGAGUUGCUGGAGACUCGUCCCGUAGGGCUUCUCCUCAGCAUACCAGCACACCCCUCAGUCCCUCAGCGAUCCCUCUUCCAGAUGGAAGCCCUGGAUUAUCCAACUCCACCAUGUCCAGCGCCUCCCCCCAGCAGAGCUCUCUCCUAAUGGUCACUAACACGUCUAACCUCUCCCCAAGCCUCAUCCCUUCAACGGUUAUGUCACUCAGUCAGAUCUCCAAGAACAGUAAUUCUUCUCAGGGCAUGACCCUCCCUAUUCUCCAUAGCGCUCCCCAUAGUCCUCCGCUGUCCCAUAGCGCACCUCUCUCCAGGGCUAUGACGCCGGUGCAGCUGCUGCACCAGCAAGUUGGAUCAGGAGGAAGCCACACUCUGUCUCCAUCAUACAGUCCCUGGCUACUAAAGGCCGGGGAUGUAUCUGCUACUGCAACUCUUCCCCUUCCAAGGAGACCUGUGAGUGAAAUGAGAUCAGGAGGCUUUCAGGGUUCCAGUCUUCCCAGAGUGCUUCCAUUAUCUGGAGUAACCCAUGUGGAAGCCCUGUUCGCCCAUACACCUGGAUCAUCUGAAGGUGCAGGUGGAAAUUUAGGAGGCGGGGCUUGCUUACUUCACUUCCUGCCCGGGGACAACAUCACCCUGCUGAUCUCUGAGCCCAGAGACGGGUGGCACUAUGGUCAGAACGAACGCACUGGACGGAAAGGGUGGUUCCCUUUCUCCUACACCCAACCACAACACAGCAGAAUGGACCAUCUGGAGGGCUCCCUCUUUUUGUCUAAGGCUAACAGCACUAGCACAGGACAACUUGACAAACUAGUGUCUGCAGGUCUCCCCGCUCUCACCCCUGAGUCCGAGGAGGAGCGUUCCCUUCCUCCUCAGAGGGUCAGCACCUUCCGUCCACGGCCCUACAGCAUGGCCGACAGCAACAAGAUCACGUCUGAUUUAAGUGUCUCACCACCAUCACCCACCAGGCCCAAUCCGUUUGCCCACAUCAGACUGAGAAAAACCGUCACCAACGAUCGCUCGGCUCCCAUAAUCGAGUGAGCACAGCAGCUUUCAGUGAUCUGUAAUCAGUUCUUCAAGCCUCAGGUUGAGUCCUGGAAACUGCACACUGUGUUUACAAACUAUGAUUAACUCAUAUCUAUUUUAUUGUUUCUUUAAUCAUGUACAUGUUUAUGCUCAAUGUGAAAAAAACAUAUUUUAGCAAGAAAUUCUUCAAUUUUGAUGUAACCGUAAUAACUGAAAAACCACUAUGAAAGAAAUGUGCCUAUUAUAAACUAAGUUUGAUGGUUUCCUCAUGUUUCAAAAAGCACCAUACUGCAUCUUUCACCUCAAAAAAGUGACUAAGCUGUUCUAG